AUGCCAACUCCAAUCAAGGUAGCUAUUGUCGGCGCCACAGGGCGAAUUGGAUCUAGUGGCGUUCCUGGGCUCCUCAACUCGAAAACCCCUGAGUAUGAAAUCGCUGCCUUGAUCCGCCCUGAAUCUUUUGAAAAGGCAUCCUCUGCAGCGCUUCGUCAACGCGGUGUGAAGACUGUGCCUGCAGACCUGCAGGGGUCUCAAGAACACCUUGUAUCAGCCCUGACUGGCCAAAAUGUCGUUAUUUGCAUUCUCCCUCCCGAUAGCACAUUGGAUCAGAUACCUCUGGCAAGUGCGGCUUUAAAGGCUGGAAAAGAAGACGUUAUCAACCACCUCAAGAAGAUAUACCUUCCGUAUACCGUCAUUGACAUUGGCUUCUGGCACGAGGUGAUGAUUCCCCGUAUCGGAUCCGAGAAACUCAAUCAUGUUGCGCUCUAUUCGACAAGCUUCUUUGUGGACCAAGGGUUAGCACCUUGCGCUACCACUCACAUUGACGACGCUGGCCGAUUUGUUGCACGUAUUAUUGGUGACUCUCGGACUAUCAACAGCCUCGUUUUCGCAUAUGGGGAGAUUACAAACCAAAAGGACGUUGCGGUUGAGAGGCAUGAAUUGGAAUUGUGGCCGCAAGUCAUCCUCGAGUAUGCCUACAAUGCAUGGGCUCGAGGGGAUAAUUUUCCCGAAAAGGCAAAGUUUCUGGGAUACUUGGAUGCAAAAGACUUGUGGCCGGAUUUGAAGGCUCAGACUCUGGAAGCGACGAUUAAGGAGGCCCUGGCCAACCCGCAGCCUAAUCCAGGAUUUGGGAACGAUGAAAAGUGUGCCAGCAUUGCAGAGGCACUGAGGAAUUGGGAGUGA